GGAAGGAAGAUCAGCUGCAAGGUGAAGAACUGAAUAUCCUUAACAGAGUUAAGUCUACAUGGCCACAAUUCCAAUUUUUGACGGUACAAACUACAAGAUUUGGAGUGUGAAGAUGAAAACUAUGCUUUUAUCUAUGGAUUUGUGGGAUACGGUACAGAAUGGGUACGACGAUGAGAGCAACAAGGAGAAGCAACAAAAGGAUGCAGCAGCUCUUUAUCACAUCCAGCAAGGCGUCUCAGACCAGAUCUUUCCAAGAAUCAAGGAUGCUACAAAAGCCAAACAAGCUUGGGGCAUUCUCUCUAAGGAACCAACUAGGCCUCAUUAUGGGAAUGUAGUAUACGUAACACCCAUAGACUUGAGGCAAACAGGGGAAAACCAUUUGAUAGUGGCUACACUUGUAGCAACUGUGGCCUUUACUGCUGGUUUCACGAUGCCCGGUGGAUAUAAUGGCAACGAUGGCCCAAACCAAGGCAUGGCGAUUCUAACAAGAGAAGCAGCUUUCAAAGCUUUUAUGGUAAUAGAUACCAUAGCCACGUCAUUAUCCAUUUCAGCAGUGCUCACCCACUUCUAUGCGGCUGGUAGUAACAAUGGGGAUGAAGUAGAGAAGCUAGUUCAUAGAGCUGCUUAUCUUACUAUUUAUGCUGCGAUGGCAAUGGUGUUGGCAUUCGUUACGGGGACAUAUGCUGUCUUAGCACAUUCAUCUGGCCUUGCUAUUUCCGUUUGUGUUAUCGGCUGCCUUCCCCUAUUAUAUUUCUUAAAUACCCGCAUCAUGGUACUGAGAGGGAGGUAUUGGUGAUAUGUCUCCGUUAAGGCAAUAGCUUGGAGGGACUUUUGGAGCGAGAGCUUCUUUCCUUUUGUUGUAUUCCUUUUUACGUAGCUAAGGGAUUAAAUUGUAUUGAACUAGGCUCACUUUUGUUGUAACUAAGCCAUGGCUUGGAAAGAUGUAAGCCUUUAGGGCAUAUAAUUAUUUGUUUAGUUUUCAGUUCUUUUAUCAUUGCAACACAUGCAGUAAAUUCAGGAUGAACUAUUUAUGAAUGUAUAUCGCAUGUGUCAACUUUUGUACAUCAACUCUGAUCAAUGAAAGCUUAUUAUUUAAUUCA